UAUAAAUGGUUGGUUGUUGUGGGUGAAAAGGAGUGAGAGUAAAUUAGAGUGGAGUGAGAGAAAGUAGGAGAGAGAGAGUUGAAAAAGUUGAGAGCUCCUUCCUCAGUCGUCGGUCUCAUCAGUUUCAUCUCUCUCAGCCGUUUUAGGGUUUCUCAGGUUUGAAGAGUCCUCACUGCUGGAUUGGUUUGAAGAGUCCUCACGGCUGGAUUUCAGAAGCGGUUUCUUGUGCGCUUAGGAUAUGGAUUCGUUUGAGCCAGAUGGAAAUGCAGCAAAUGGGGUGAAUGGAGCUAAUGGGGCAAAUGGAGUGAAUGGAGCAAAUGGGGUGAAUGGAGCUAAUGGGGCAGAGGAUGCGUUGCCACCCCCACCCCCGGUUAUUCCACCGGAUGUUGUUCCUUUGCAUGUGGAAGCAGAUAACAUUCCUGAACCUGUUAAGAAAAAACCUGCUCGGGUCCCUAUUGCUAGGCGUGGCCUUGGAACCAAGGGAACAAAAAUACCCUUGGUCACAAAUCACUUCAAAGUGAAUGUUACUAAUAUUGAGGGUUACUUCUUCCAUUAUAGUGUUUCUGUUGCUUAUGAAGAUGGGCGUCCCCUUGAUGGCAAGGGUGCUGGAAGAAGAAUAAUUGAAAGGGUGCAUGAGACAUACCACUCUGAGUUAGGUGGAAAGGACUUUGCCUAUGAUGGUGAGAAGAGCCUGUUUACUGUUGGAUCCCUUCCGCGCAACAAACUUGAAUUUGCCGUUGUUUUGGAGGAUGUGCCAUCAAGCAGGAACAAUGGAAACUGUGAACCUGAUGGUCCUGGGAGUCCAAAUGAGAGUGACCGAAAGAGAUUACGGCGUCCAAAUCGCUCCAAAACAUUUAAUGUGGAGAUCAGCUAUGCUGCAAAAAUUCCCAUGAAAGCAAUUGGAGAUGCUCUUCGUGGUCAAGAAUCAGAGAAUUCUCAAGAAGCUCUGAGAGUCCUGGAUAUCAUAUUAAGACAGCAUGCAUCGAAGCAAGGAUGCCUCCUAGUUCGCCAAUCAUUCUUCCAUAAUGAUCCAAAAAAUUUUGCGGAUGUUGGAGGUGGUGUUCUUGGGUGCAGAGGAUUCCAUUCAAGUUUUAGGACCACCCAGGGUGGCUUGUCUCUGAACAUUGAUGUAUCGACUACCAUGAUCAUACAGCCAGGGCCGGUGGUAGACUUUUUAAUUGCCAACCAAAGUGUUAGAGAUCCUUUCCAACUUGACUGGACGAAGGCUAAAAGAAUACUCAAGAAUUUGAGGGUCAAAACAAGUCCGUCAAAUCAAGAGUUUAAAAUAACUGGAUUGAGCGAGAAACCAUGCCGAGAACAAACUUUUACAUUGAGAAACAAGCAAGCAAAGGAAGGGGAAGAUGCAGAAAUAGAAGUGACUGUUUAUGAUUAUUUUGUUAAUCAUCGUAAUAUACAGCUGCGUUACUCGGCUGAUCUACCCUGCCUUAAUGUUGGGAAACCAAAACGUCCUACUUAUAUCCCCCUGGAGCUUUGUUCUUUGGUGUCCUUGCAACGUUACACAAAAGCUCUUUCCACCCUUCAAAGAGCUUCGCUGGUGGAGAAAUCAAGGCAGAAGCCACAAGAGAGGAUGAGUGUUUUGUCUAAUGCUUUGAAAAUCAAUAAUUAUGAUGCUGAACCAAUGCUACACUCAUGUGGUGUUUCAAUUGGUGGUAGCUUUACUCAAGUGGAAGGCCGUGUUCUUCCAGCCCCAAAGCUUAAAGUCGGUAAUGGCGAUGAUUUCUUCCCUCGAAACGGGCGCUGGAAUUUCAACAACAAGACACUUGUGAAGCCGACUAAGAUAGAAAAGUGGGCUGUUGUUAACUUCUCUGCACGCUGUGAUCUAAAAGCUCUUGUCCGUGAUCUGAUCAAAUGUGGAGAUAUGAAAGGAAUUAAAAUCGAGGCUCCAUUUGAUGUGUUUGAAGAGAAUCCUCAGUCUAGGCGCGCCCCACCUUUGGUUAGAGUUGAGAGGAUGUUUGAGGAUAUACAGUCCAAACUUCCUGGACAACCACAGUUUCUUCUCUGUUUGCUUCCGGAGAGAAAAAAUUCUGCUUUAUAUGGUCCAUGGAAGCGGAAGAAUCUGGCUGAGUAUGGUAUUGUGACACAAUGCAUUGCUCCCACAAGGGUCAAUGAUCAAUACCUUACAAAUGUCCUGUUAAAGAUCAAUGCAAAGCUUGGUGGGUUAAAUUCCUUGUUGGCAGUUGAAUAUUCUCCUUCUAUCCCUGUGGUUUCCAAGGCUCCCACUAUCAUCCUUGGGAUGGAUGUGUCCCAUGGUUCUCCUGGGCAGUCUGAUGUACCCUCAAUUGCUGCGGUGGUAAGCUCCAGGCAGUGGCCACUGAUUUCUCGCUACAGGGCAUCUGUUAGAACACAAUCCCCCAAGGUGGAGAUGAUAGACUCUCUGUACAAACGAGGUUCUGACACAGAGGAUGAUGGCAUUAUGAGAGAGCUGCUUUUGGACUUCUAUACAAGUUCAGGCAAACAGAAACCAGACCAGAUUAUCAUCUUCAGGGAUGGAGUAAGCGAAUCUCAAUUUAACCAAGUUUUGAACAUUGAACUGGAUCAAAUCAUAGAGGCAUGCAAGUUCCUGGAUGAGACUUGGUCCCCUAAAUUUGUGGUGAUCAUUGCUCAGAAGAACCACCACACAAAAUUCUUUCAGCCUCAAUCCCCAGAUAAUGUUCCUCCUGGGACAAUUAUCGACAACAAAAUUUGUCACCCAAGAAACAAUGACUUCUAUCUAUGUGCUCAAGCUGGAAUGAUUGGGACCACGAGGCCUACUCACUAUCAUGUUCUGUUAGACGAUGUUGGUUUUUCAGCCGAUGAGCUGCAGGAACUAGUGCAUUCACUUUCAUACGUGUACCAGAGAAGUACCACCGCCAUUUCCGUAGUUGCCCCCAUUUGCUAUGCACAUUUAGCUGCCACUCAGAUGUCACAGUUCAUGAAAUUCGAAGAUGCGUCUGAGACAUCUUCAAGCCAUGGCGGUCUUACCUCUGCUGGAGCUGUUCCUGUCCCGCAGCUGCCCAGGUUGAAGGAGAAUGUGUCCAGUUCCAUGUUUUUCUGUUGAGGCCUCAGAGCCUCUUGAGCCCUACUAUGGUUACCUACUGAAGAACAGCAGUUUGUGUAUAUACUAGUUUUUGGUGUAGCCUCCCACUGUAAUAGGAGGUUUGAACUAUCGUAGUUGGUAAAGCUUGCGGUGCGUUUGACAGGCGUUUUGUAUAUGAUCCUAAGUAAGUCGUGUGUAGCCUAACUUGUGGGAUUAUGAUCUUGGAUGUUGACUCUGUGUAGGCUUGACUUAUGGUAUUGUGUGAUGGUUUUCUGUU